UAUUCAGCAGCGUAUAUCGACCGCCGCCGCGCCGCGCCGCGCCAGUGCCCCGCCGCGCCCGCCGCGCCCGCCCGCGUCGCCGCCGCUCCACGACCCCGCCACACUACCGCGACCACCAUCACCACUAUAAACAAAUACUCCAACCAAUCUCCGAAUCAUGUGGAAACUUUACAGUGAAACAUCCGGACUGUACCUGCGCGAGUGAUUGGACAAAAACAAAAGAGAUCUCGUGUUAUGUGAGGACUGAGGAGCUGAUGUGUGGCUGCACUUGAGAUCGGCGGACAGACGGUGUGUGCCGGGCGUCAUCGGCGAAGUCUCAAUAAAAGCUUACAUGUGGUAAUGCUGCUGCGUACAAACCGAGCAUAAUCUGUGUGCACAAAAUGCGAAUACUAUUAGCUUUAAGCAGCAACAUUUUUAAUACAUUUUAAGAAGGAUACGGCAGUUGUUGAAGAAUAAGUUUCAUAAGAAAAUGCUGGACAGAAGCGGCGUCGUGGACUAGCCAGGGGUGGUCAAUGGGAGCCGCAUGGAGUCGCGGGCACAGUUGAGUCAGGGGCUGCCAAGCAAACACCGCCACGAGCCCAGCUAUAAGAGAUGUUCACAGAACCUGCCACUUGACAUUUUAUGGUUGCCUCGCUCGUCGUUCCGCGCGGCGGAGGGCGAGCUGGCGGACUGCGUGCUGGUGGUGGGCGUGUCUCGCCCGCGGCUGGCGGCGGCGCUGCUCUCCGUCACGCUGCUGUCGCUGUUCCUCACCUUCCAUGUGCUGUAUGACAGCGCGCUCUAUAGCAUACAGGCCGCCAGCAUGGCGUCUGCCGUGGGCGAGGGGCGCAAGCUGGCGCAGGCGGAGAGCAGGGUCAUCAGCCACCCCAUGGCGCCGCGGAAGAGGAACCGCCAGCUCCGACCACCGCGGCCCGUCAAGAGACUCCCUCAGGCGCUGAUCAUCGGCGUCCGCAAGUGCGGCACGCGGGCUCUCCUCGAGAUGCUGUACUUGCACCCCAUGGUGCAGAAGGCGUCGGGCGAGGUGCACUUCUUCGAUCGAGACGAGAACUACGCACUGGGCCUCGACUGGUACCGCAGCAAGAUGCCGCUCAGCUUCAAGGGACAGAUCACUAUUGAGAAGAGCCCGAGCUAUUUUGUCACGCCUGAGGUCCCGGAGCGAGUCCGCGCCAUGAACUCCUCGGUCCGCCUGCUGCUGAUAGUGCGGGAGCCGGUGACUCGCGCCAUCUCUGACUACACGCAGCUCCGCAGCCGCGCCACUCCCUCCGCGCCCGCGCACCCCGCGCCCCUCGCCGGCGAGGCCGCCAGACCCUUCGAGCAUCUUGCUAUCACUCCUGACGGCUCCAUCAAUGUCGCGUAUAGGCCUAUCGCCAUCUCCCUGUACCACUCGUACCUGCACCGCUGGCUGGAGGUGUUCCCGCGCGAGCAGCUGCUGGUGGUGAACGGCGACCGGCUGAUCGAGGACCCUGUGCCGCAGCUGCGGAGGAUCGAGACCUUCCUCGGCAUCGAGCAUAAGAUCGGAAGAAGAAACUUCUAUUUCAACGAGACAAAAGGCUUCUACUGUCUCCGGAACGACACUACGGACAAGUGUCUGCGGGAGACGAAGGGACGCAAGCACCCGCGAGUGGACCCCGCGGUGGUCACCAAGCUGCGCCGCUUCUUCGUGCAGCACAACCAGCGCUUCUACGAGCUGGUUGGAGAAGACCUCGGCUGGCCCGAGGACUAAACCAACCCCAUUGGACGGCGGAAUGAAUGAACGAACCCGAUUGGCUAGUUGGUUAUCGGAUGCGGCACAAUCAGUGCCAUAACGUUGUGAUCAAAACAUAUCAAUGUAAGUUAACUUAUACAUAUCAAAUGGAAACUAAACAUAUCACUAGUCUGUAAGGUUUUUAAACUGUUUAAAUAUACAUUUACUUUAGGCGUCAGUGUAAGGUUAAAUUUUAUUGUAAAAGCCGAUAGUUAUUUACAUUCGUGUUUAAUGUAAAUUUUAUUUACUUAGGUGAUUUAUUUGGAUGUUGACUAUUGCGUGUAGAUUUAAUUGUACUUCCGGCCACAUAGCCUACAUUGUCAUGAUUUCAACCAUUGAGAAAUGCAGUCUAUCUGCUGAUGUGGUGCGCGGGGGAUAAUAAACAGCUGAUUGGUCCGUUUCAGUGACGGCAUGUCAUGAGUGCUCAUUACGCAAUAAGCCUCCCCUCUGAUUGGCUGCUGGCUCUCAGCUACUGCAUAAUGGGCAAUAAGUGCUGUUGGAAAGUCCGCAUCUGUUUAGGCUAUGAUGGUGUUGAUUUGUACAUUUGUGUGUUCACAAACCACUGGCCACCGCCGCACCUAAAAUUAACGUUAACAUUUUGAUCUACUCACGCGCCACAACCCCGCACUAACCUCAUACCCCAUUGAAACACUAUUAUUAUUAAACGUUUCGUUUGUAAACUCUAAAACCCGCACUGAUGAAAAACCGACCCAUUAAAAACCAGAGCAAUAUUUUGAUGUAGUUAUUAUUAACUAAGUAAUUAAGUAUGACGGCAAAAGUUUUAACGUUAUGAGUUGACCGAUUUUAUUAUAAUAAAAUAAUUAGGAUAUCGUACUUAGAAUUUAAAAUGUAGUUGAAGAUAUUUCAUCAAUGAGUGUUAAAUUUUUCGCUUUCUCUAUUUAGAUGUCGUGAUUUUGCUCGUACAGUGUGGUGUCUAUGUGUUAAAUGAUGUGUUAUUUAAAAAACUUUAAAAUCAUAUAAAAUAUUUCGAUUCGUAGGAAAUCGACACUUUUUCUUAUACUAAGACAAUGUUCAUAUUUACUUGUUGUAGGUACAGAUAAAAGCUUAAAGUAAUGUCUAAAAAUGUCUUCAUAUACAAAUUUAGACCAAUUCUUCACCGUUUUUUUUUAUAUGAAGUGAAAUUAUGACUUUUGAUGAAGUUGGUGUAUUUUUAUGAAAGUAUUUUAUUGAACUUUAAUCUUUCGACGUGUGAUCUGUCACGAGGAAAGCGAUGGAUAAAUGAUUUAGUAAAAAAAUAUCGUUUUACGUCAUUUUAAACUAAUGUUUACUAUAAAAUUCCUUAAAUGUUGACUGGAAAAAGGAAAAACUAUGUGAUAAGAACAAACUUACUGACAAGUCAGUAUGGUAAGUACAGUCAUUUAAAUAUAUUGUUUUGAAACAUUGCAAGGACAUCGUUUACCCAUUUUAUUUUCUUCGAUCACUAUGCAAAUUGCAGAAUCUUUCUAAAAAAUAUUGUAAUAAUGAAACCUUGACUUCGAGCGAAUGUUGUAGAAUUAACUAAGUAUCGCGACCAAAACAAAUUUACCGGAUGGAUAAUUAUUUUAAAACAGUAACAUUACCUUAUUCUUACAUAACAUAAUCAUUAUUGAAUUUAUUUACAAUCAAAUUACUUCCUAUUUUACUGUUACGUUCUACAACAUUUGGGAAGAAAUAUAAUAUUAUUUUGAACAAAAUAAUAUGAAGACAAUGUUCAUUCGACGCGGGUAAUAGGAAUUUAUAUUGAUUAAGAGAAACGUCCAAGACUGAAGUGUUAGUUUAAAUAAAUAUAGGUAAUAUAAUAAGGGUAAAAAGUCCAUAGGAAAUACUCUCGAUAGAUCACGUGACGCACUUGGACCCGGCGACCCUUCUAGACAUUCACAUCUACGAGGCGGAAAUUGACGAAUAUUCAACGAUAAUAAUACGAACUAGAUGGAGUGUCAGUGCAAAAGAAAUUUCUCGGCAAAUAACACCGCACCCCUAACACUGAGCUCUUACUUUGAAUUACUUCGUUCAGAAGAUUUGUGACUUUAUUUAUUGGUACACUGGUUGUCAUUAGGUUAAAAUUAAAACGGUUUGACAGUAAAUAAAAUGCGGUCAGUUUUAUGCUUUGUGACAUCCCAUCUUGUUCGUAUAUCGUUAAUCUAAGGGAAUACCUUUUAUGUGCUUAGUACAUUUGCCUCCAUUUAACCAAUUCUCAAGUCAACGAAUAUUUAUAUAUGUUUUAUAGUUCCCAUUGAAAUUUUUACGUGUACAGUAAGCACUUUGCACAAGAUAUACGAUAUCAAAUGUAUUUAAAUGAUAAAAUAAAAGUAUUUGGUGAUAAGAUAAAUCAAUCGUAAAAGCCGUAUGGACGUAAUUUCAUUCACGUUAUUGAUAUAUUAAUUUAGCCACAUUUUACCUUCACUGUAAUAACAUAAUGAUACACUAGAUACAUACAUACAUACAUACAU